AUGUCAUCAAAUAAAAGAACAGAAGAUCAGGAAGAGGUCCUAUCUAUCCCAUCUAUCCCAUCACCAGAUAGCAAGGACCUUUCCUCCCUGGAAAAAGAGGAUAGCGAGUGUAUUGAGAAAGCGGAAGUCAGCCCAUCACAGUUCGAUGACAUCUUAUACUCACUGUCUCCAUCUCAUCGUGAAUAUCUCUUCAAACGCCAUGGCACCUUGGACCUGGACCCCAUGCCGAGUGCAUCAGACGCAGACCCAUACAACUGGCCUAUGUGGAAGAAACUAACCAACCUCCUACUUGUCGCCUUUCACGCUUGCAUGGCGACCUUUGCAUCCUCGAUUGCUCCUGCCUUUGGGGAUAUUAGCAUCGAUCUAGGAGUAUCUGUACAAAGAGCCAGCUACCUUACAACUCUGCAGAUUGCUAUCCUCGGGGGUGCUCCGCUCUUCUGGAGACCCUUGUCCCACCGGUAUGGUCGUCGGCCAAUAUUUCUGCUAUCCACCAUCCUCAGCCUUGUUUGCAAUGUUGGAUGUGCGAAGAGCCCAACGUACGCGUCGCUGGCUGCAUGUAGAGCUUUAGCAGCCUUUUUCAUCUCUCCAGCAGCAGCAAUCGGAAGUGCCGUUGUCGUAGAGACAUUCUUCAAGAAAGAGAGAGCUCGAUAUCUGGGAAUAUGGACCUUAAUGGUCACCUUGGGUGUACCAGGUGGUGCAUUAAUCUUUGGAUUUGUUGCGAAUCGCGCGGGCUACCGCUGGAUAUUCUGGGUUACCGCCAUCACCAAUGGCGUGCAAUUCAUCCUAUACAUCUUCUUUGGGCCAGAGACCCGUUAUAUUGGUGGUAGUACAGAGGAUUCAUCGUCUGACUUCAAAACUCAGUAUCUUUCAUUUCGACGUAUUGACCCAACACCACUGACAUUAUGGGAGUUCAUUCAACCUUUGACCAUGGCUAAGCACCCGUGCGUCCUAAUACCAGCCGUUGCGUAUGCCAUGGUGUUCUUGUUCGGAAGCGUUCUGAUCAACGUCGAGGUUCCUCAGCUCCUACAGGAGAAAUUUGCUCUCAAUACUGAACAACUUGGUCUCCAGUUCAUUGGAAUCAUAAUUGGCACAGUCCUAGGCGAGCAAAUCGGUGGUUCCAUAUUCGAUUACUGGGUGAAUCGCCGCGCACGGCGUAUAGGAAAGGCACCAGACCCAGAAUUCCGUCUCUGGCUCAGCUACCCCGGCAUUGUCUUGACUAUGGUGGGCCUUAUUGUCUGUUUGGUAUGUACUCAGCAGGCCUCCGAGGGGCAUUGGACUGUGACGCCUAUCGUGGGCACUGGAGUGGCUGCCUUUGGAAACCAAGUCGUGACUGCUGCCAUGGUCCCAUAUGCAGUCGACUGCCGCCCAGACGAUGCAGGAAGUGUGGGGGUGUUCAUUAAUUUUGCUCGGCAGAUCUGGGGCUUCCUCGGCCCGUUCUGGUUCUCCGAUAUGUUUGCAACCGUUGGCGUCGCUGCUAGUUCAGGUGUUGCGAGUGCUAUGAUAUUCGUCUGUAGUUUGCUGCCCACUAUUGCGGUGCACGCAAUGGGGCGGAAAUGGGUUCAAUAUUAA